AUGAUUCCAGGAUGUGAGGAAGAGAUUGAGGUUGAAACCCUGUUUCAGAAAUCCAUUGAUCACAUCCUGAAGCUCAAGUCUCGAGCUCAGCUCCUCAGGGAUCUGUUGAAGCUCUGCGAUAAGUGA